GCCGAUGCAAGCCAGCAGCAUGAAAUCGACACGCUUUCUCGAUUGAAAAAUGGGGCGCUUGAGAAAGCCGCGGGUGGAGAGGCAUUGACUCCCAUCGUUCUCGACCGUUUCAACGUCCAAGCUCCUAACGGCACGCACCUUUGUUUUACGACUACCCCGGCGAGGUGCAGCCUCACUGAUACAAAGGAGGCGUCAUUCUGCUGUCUUUUCCAAUUAGACGUUGCUCGGUCACUGGCGGCUCAACUCGUCAUCGCUAUCGCUCACGCUCAUGAGCGAGGGGUGGUUCAUGGAGACCUUCACCUCGGAAACAUCUUGCUUCGGCUCCCGACCGGUCUCGACGGUCUCUCGACAGAGCAGUUGUACGAAAAAUAUAGAGCGCCUGAACCGGAACCCGUGGUCCGACUAGACGGAAAACCGCUUCCGCCCGGCGUCCCUUCAUGUGGCGUACCGCCCAUGUGGCUGGGUGAUCAAUGCGAGAGGAUCCUCCUCUCCGAUGCGAAGCUGCUUCUCGCUGACUUCGGCGUCGCUUUUCGUCCCUCGAGCGAACAAAGAUACCAAUCUCACACGCCGCUCGAGCUCCGGCCACCGGAAGCCCGAUUCGAACCCACCACGCCGCUCUCCUUCCCCUCUGACGUCUGGAGCCUGGGAUGCACGAUCUGGUCUCUGCUCGCUCAUAGGUCGCUGUUUGAUGUCUUUCUCGCUACCGAAGACGACGUCACGGCCCAGCAGAUUGAUGUACUUGGUCUUUUACCCGACGAGUGGUGGGAGAAAUGGGAGGCGCGGUCGAAGUACUUUGCGGAAAACGGUCAGCAGCCGGCCGAGGGCCGAAGUGUUUGGUCGUGGGAGCACCGAUUUGAGCAGUGGAUACGGGAGCCGCGACGUGACAAGGGCAUGGCAACUCUUGAUGGGAAGGAGGAGGAAGCGUUUGCUGUCAUGAUACGGUGGAUGCUGCAGUUCAGGCCGCGGGAUCGGCCCAGUGCCAAGGAGGUACUGGAGACGGAGUGGAUGAGGACCUGGGCGCUGCCGGAAUGUGGAAGAGUUUUGGAGCUGACUAGCCCAUCCUUGCCAGAUAGGGCGGGCGGAAGUUGUAUACCAAAUGAACAUGUCCUAAAAAAGCGGCCUUGA